CCGUAGUCUAGCUUCCUGCUGACCUGCUGCUUAUCGCGUCCACUACGCCCACUGCUCCGUGUCCUUGAGCCGAACGAAAGUCUCGCCAGAACACAAGGCGGAGCAUAAGAUGCGCUAUCUUGCAGCGCUCGCGCUCUCGAGCCUAGGAGCCUUGCCAAUCCUGGCACAAUCGGCGCUGACAGUGAACACACCGAGCAACUUGAUUGUCUGCAUCCCGAGUCUCAUCCAGUGGUCCGGCGGCACAGGGCCGUACUAUCUGACGGCGAACGCCGGCGGUUCGUCAUCGGACGUGCUCGCGACGUUUGUCAACGGCGAGAACGUCACGUCAUACACUUGGACCGUCGACCUGGCCGCCGGCACCGCGGUCACGAUGGGCAUUCGCGAUGCGACGGGCGCGACGAACUUCGCGCAGCAGGUCACCGUGCAGGCCGGCAGUUCGACGACCUGCCUGAACAGCAGCGGCAGUGGCUCUACUUCCGAUUCUUCCUCCUCCACGCUUUCUUCUUUGGCAAGGGAGUCGCUGGGAACGGAGAGCGGCGCGUUGGCUUCGACCAGCAACAGCAGCAGGACCAGCGCUAGAAGCACGAGCACGAGGGCAACAAGCGCUGCCUCCAGCGCCACUCAGGCCACUUCCUCUGUUGCUGCCAAUACGUUCGUGAGCAACGAGGCUGCCGGUGCUCUCUUUGGAAAGAGCACACGCAUUUCCGUCGCCAUGGUUGCGCUCGUCGUCCUCGUCGUACCCGCCGCACUGGUCUGAACGCGGGUCACCGCAGUUCUCACAGACACUUACACACUGACGCUGCCCGCCACCCUUGCUUUCAUCGCCGUCGUCGUUGCCUUCAUGUGCACUUGCCCCUGUACGACGCUACACCGAGCACCGUACCCAAUAUCCGGAAAUGGAUACCCGCAUCCUGUGCAUGCGCAAUUUGAAUGCAUUUCCGCUGACGUCCACAUCCACUUUGGCCUCCUCCUUUUCUGUGUGUCACGGCAUGCUCCCAUGCCUGGCUCUUUCCCUUCCCUUCCCUUACCUGGCUGGGGGCGUUUUCGUCUAGCACGCGCUGAACUGCUCGCAGGUCUUGGG